UGGGAAACGUCAAGCACAAAAAAGAAGCGAUUGCAGCCAAGAGCACGCAAAGUACAGCUCGUUGUUAAAUUAGCAAUAAAAUCGUGAAAAACCGAAUUUCACGCUUCUGUGUGGUGUGUAGAAUAUGAAUGGUGCCGUAACAAUGGGUAGCAACGAGUACAAUACCGGAAACAAUAACAACAGCGAAGCCUCACCGGUUCGAGAAGAGUAUCGCAAGGAUGCUGAAAGCUCGCCACCACCGGUUAAGAUUUCGAAGCGCGAUAAGGAACGCGAACGCGAUCGUGAGCGUCGAGAGCGUCGCGAAAGGGAUCGCGACCGGGAGGAACGUGAACGAGAUCGAGUGGGUUGUUCUCCUUCUAUGCUUACCAUCCUUCUCUAUACGGGCAGUACCAUCCACAGCACACAGUUUGAACGGCGCGCGUAACGCGAGGACACAGGCUUCUCUUCUCCGUCAUUCGCUGUAACCAUCGUCGGCGUUUACCCCAAAUCGUUACGAAUCAACCUUACCUUCCCGAGAGGGAAACAGAGAGUAGGCGCUAGUAGCGAUCGUGUGUAAAUGAUCGAUCAAUUUUUUUUCUCUCUCUCUCUCUCUCUCUCUCUCUUUUCUCUUUUUAUUCUCUUUCUUUGUGGAUUCUUAACACCUCUUAACAUUUGACUGUAUCUAUCACACAGAGGAAAGAUAUAAUUGCGUCACAUGAGCGAGCCAUACGCGCAGUGUGUCCCGCGCACCACGUACAGAGAGAAAGGGUGGCAUAGCACGGGGGACGUACGAACAAACUGAACAUAAACCGGCGGCAUCUCUUCACCCUAUCGUCUCAAUAUAUCCUUUCUUGCGUGUAAGAGAAAGAGACACGGGGGUCACUGUUUAAGAAAUUUCCCAUCCCACCUCACGCACUGGGAAGAGGCCCUGACGAACGGCAAAUUGCGGCAAACACGUCGACUGUUUGUGUGUGUGUGUGUGCGUGUGUAUAUUAUCAUAAUUGGUUCAUGUUUUUUGUCCUUUCUCUUUCUCUUUCUUUGUCUUUCUGUUUUGUUUUCCGCUCAAACCGUGUUUUCUUUAACCAUACUUUCAGCGAACUGGGUUUAUGUUCGUGAAUUAGAUGACGUGAAGUUAGUAAAUGUGUCGAAGGAAACAAACCUCCGUACCUUCGUCGAAUCGAAUGCGCGCUUGGCUCGUCGCCCAAUAUUUUGACAUUCCGAACCAUCCAUGUACACGCUUUUGUCGUUGAGUAUAAUUAUCCAAUUCACGCUACACGCGGCACGAGAAAAGGUAGUCUAUCUAAUCCUUUUGAAUUACUAGUAGUAGUACUUCCACUGCUUUUUCUCAGCCAUCGUCUCGGAAUGGGGCCACGCAAAACGGGAUGUGUGAAGAGUUUGUAGGCACGGUACGGAACCGCUAUCACUCGAAAUUCAGCAAGGACAUCCUGUGUCCGUGUGGGGCGGUGCUUCCCGUCCUGGUUGAACCAUCAACUAUCAUCGCCCAACCACCAUCUCGACAUCGCAACUAUAUACGUACAUUACGGUGCCUGUGACGCGGGGUUGUUUGCGGAUCUUUUUCUUGUUUUUUUUUGUCUUAGUUUUGGUUUUUUUCUUCUCUUUUCUCUCUCUCUCCCCCUUAUCUAAGCUGUAACUAUGUUUAUAAAUGUAGCGUUCUCUUAAAAAAAAACAAAUGUUCAUUACGUCCGGAACCCCGUUUACCUGUUCUGCUGUGGAAGAAAUAACAAAUCUGCGACCCAUCGCUCGCUUUAAUGUUCUGGGCUCUUACCCAACACUCUAACUACAGUCAACUCCCUUCGUAAUUUAGAUGAUUCUUGAAAAAAAGCAUACGAUACAUUAUCCUUUAUGUUCUUAUUUCUUCUUAUUCGGUGGCACUACAACCUCGAGAGGUCUCGGCCUGCCAUUUAUGGCUUUCUGUGACUUGAUUUUACCCGUAUCAUAGCAGUCCGCCCUACGUAUGCGGAGGCGGUCUGGAUGGGAUUUGAACCCUGGUCGUGCCGUUUGAAGCCCGGCGCCGUUAUCGCCUCGGCCCCGAACGUUACACCUGUUUACAGUUAAAGCCAGGCUACAUGAUGCGAGAUGCCGUCAAAAUCAUCUCGGUUCAUCUACCCGUGUUGUUUAGAGCACUUCAUGCUCUCUCUCUCUUCAACCGAAAACUACCAUGGCAACGCAUGGAAAGUGCCAGAGAGGGCUAGAGAAAGGCGAAAUCUUUCCGAGAUUUCAGCUCGAGGAGGCGAAAUCUUUUAGACGGCUGGAUUUCGCAUAACCACCCCCCCCCCCCCCCCCCCCCUUUUUAGCGAAAACUUUUUCGCAUCUCGCAACAUGUAUCCUGGCUUUUACAGUCGAAUCGCUCACCGUUUGCUGCGACUCAUGAGCUGCUUGCUUCGAUUUGCGUGCGUGCCGUUUCCAUCGAAUGCUCGACAUGAAGACCGAAUCAUAUGCCUUUACCAUGGAAUCACGUGCCGAUGUACAUGGAUUUUCGAUUGCUCCUGUAUGAAGUAUUUGGUGUAAUGAACAGACCGGUUAGUUCGUUACCAUUAGAAAACAUUUCGUCGGCAAUUUUAUACGAACAAACGGCUAAUAAACCGUAAAUGACGAAAAACUGUGCAGUACAAUACCAACAUCGAACAGUACACAAGACCAGUUUUCAGAGUUUAGUGGUGAUCUAUACAUUAAACUAGCGGAAAUAAAUGGGUUCGAACGGCGAAGAAAAUUUAGAAAAGUUUAUGAAGCUAUUAGUUUACAUUUUUCUUUUUCAAUAUGUGAAUUUUUCGUUGAAUUCUUGGCAAUAGUUGGUCUGUAUCGUUCAUUUUUACUUUGACACAAUAUGUAAAACACGUGUGAAAUAGUUUAAAAUAAUGCUUUCCAUUGCGUUUAGCGAUUAGACCAUAGGGUCGCUCUUUCGAUGGUAAUGGCACGCAAGUCGAAGCAAACGGUGAGCGAUUCGACUAUAACUGUAAACAGGUCGUAAUAUUAAUAUUACGAGUUAAUGGCGCCGACGACUAUACAAAUGAUACUUCACAUUUUCCUUCAAAGAUUUGAACAAAAGAUUUUGUAACAACAGAAAAGUAUAAUUUUACAUCAUUUAAAUAUUUUGCAUAAUGGCUUUAAUUGUCAUGGGUGGAACGGUUUAUUUCACUUUUCAUAUCAAUUGUGGCUAAGGCCACAACAGUUCGCCAAAAAAUGGCUAAUUAUAUAAUAUUGGUUCGGAACAAAUUCGUUAUGAGAGGGUUGACUGUAUUACUACUACCGUUGUGUGCAUUCAUAACUAAUAUACCCAUGGAUCGAGAGGCAUUAUUUUAUGCUACAAGUUUCAACAUUUUUGUGCUGCAUUUAAUGCACAAAAAUAUGGUUGUGCAAUUUUGGAGCGAACCUGUUCAUUGAAAAAUUGCACGAUACUUUGUUUCUGGUUUGGACUUUUUUCCCAACACUUCGGAACAUGUGUGAUUUGUUCUGUUUUGUUAUAUUUUUCCGUUUUCGGCAGGGGAAAUAGUUUUCCCGCUUGCCAAACAUUCAUUUUCCCACCAAGCGCGCUCUUCAUGUAUACAUGUGUAUGGAUGUGUCCAUGUGAUUCAUGUUAAUCCCCCCCCCCGUAUCGAUUGGGCCGCUUUCGCCUCUCGCCAUCAUCGAGUCACACUAAUUAAUUCACAUUAUUUUUUCUUGUUUUUUAUUUAUUUUCAGGAUCUAUGUAUAUCUCGUAUUGUUUUUGUUUCUCUCUCUCUCUCUCUCUCUCUCUUUCUAUCUUUCUCUAUAUCUCUUUUUGUUCCAUCCACCUUCUUGCGUGUGCCUCCCGAAGGCGCAAAACCGCGCUUUCUAUGCAAAACAUACCGCCCAAAGAACGAUAUACAAGCAAUCCGCUACUACUACUACUACUACUACUACUACUAUCACCACGAAAAAAAAAAACAACUAUUGUUCCUUCGUCAUCAUGAUACAUUUUGAUUGUUUGCAAUGCAAGAGCCCAACAUUGAAUCCGUUGGCCUGUCUACUACCACCAACACCUAGUGUGCCUACUGCUAUAUCUCCACUACUACUGCUACUACCAUCACCAUCAACCACCACUACUACUACUACUACUACUGCCCACGCAUAAUCCAAAGUUCGUUUCGUUCGUCCUUUUGAUGAUUUUUGCAUCACACGUACAUCACGCCUCGAUGCGUGUACUGCGCGUGGUCGCGAUUGGUUGGUAACAAGAACUCGAAAUCGCGCCCCCGCUCGCUGAACAGUCCGUAGCGCGCUAAUGAACAGAAAUGAACCUAAAGGUUGUAUCCUGUACACACACACACAUUCACAGCACAUGGCGCGAAAUGUAUGAACAGGUGUGAACUUGUGUGUGCACAGCCUCACGCGCAAGUUGACUCCCCUCCCCCCUACUGAUCCAUGGAAGAGAACCGAAAAUUCUACCGUACAUCGCGCAGCCGGUGUACGAUCUGCGGCAGAUCGGCGAUGUGGCGUUCGGACCGGGCACGCGUUCCGCCCUGCUCGGGAUAUUGGGUGGCGCAUUGCCCCGGCUGACAACGGAGCAGAUCGAGCUAGUGUCGCGCGCCAAGAAGUACGCCAUGGAGCAGAGCAUCAAGAUGGUGCUGAUGAAGCAAACGUUGGCCCAUCAGCAGCAGCAGCUGGCCAGCCAGCGCACGCAAGUGCAGCGCCAGCAAGCACUGGCUCUUAUGUGUCGUGUGUACGUUGGCAGUAUUUCCUUCGAGCUCAAAGAGGACACCAUCCGUGCGGCUUUCCUACCAUUUGGACCGAUUAAAUCGAUCAACAUGUCCUGGGAUCCGUUCACGCAGAAGCACAAAGGGUUUGCGUUUGUCGAGUACGAAAUACCGGAAGGGGCGCAGCUAGCGCUGGAGCAGAUGAACGGCGCUAUGCUCGGUGGGCGCAACAUUAAGGUUGGCCGUCCAAGCAAUAUGCCGCAGGCGCAGCAGGUGAUCGAUGAGAUUCAGGAGGAGGCAAAAAGUUACAAUCGCAUCUACAUCGCUUCGAUCCAUCCGGAUCUGACGGAGGAGGACAUCAAGAGUGUGUUUGAAGCGUUUGGGCCCAUCAUGACGUGCAAGAUGUCGCAGGGCAAUGCCGUACAUACGCACAAAGGGUACGGGUUCAUCGAGUAUCAGACGAACCAGUCGGCGAUUGAAGCGAUAGCCAGUAUGAAUUUGUUUGAUCUGGGCGGACAGCUGUUAAGGGUUGGUCGAUCAAUUACCCCACCGAACGCACUAAUGGGACCAGCGGCAAACUCGGCCAUGCCUACGGCGGCAGCCGUGGCGGCCGCUGCUGCUACAGCCAAAAUACAAGCGAUGGAUGCCGUGGCCACUAAUGCGGUGCUGGGACUGUCCGCCACUACGCCAGCGCUCAAGGUGGGUCUCACCGGCCUUCCGCUUAAUCCAGCCAUCACGACGGCAGCCAGCGCAGGGUUCGUCGCACAAGCACAGUUGGCCGCCGCGACACAGGCCGCCGCCGCCAUCAACAGUCAGCCGGGUUUGCUGGUGCCGCCCGUUUCGCUUGCGCCCUCGCUGCUGGUAAAUCCGGUGCUCGGUGCCGCAGCCAAACCUCUCCCCACAGUAUUGAGCCAAGCGAAUCCGGCAGCAGUGGCAGCGGCGGCGGCCGCGGCAGCAGCAGCAGCAGCCGCGGCGGCUGCCGCUCCCAACGCAACCGCCGAGGAUGUGUACAAGAAGGCACAGGAGAAGCAGCAGGAAGAGUUGCAGAAAAAGUUGCUCGAGGAGGGUGAACCACAGACAUUGCAGCAGCAGGAAUCGAUGUCGAUCAAGGGCCAGAGCGCUCGGCAUCUGGUAAUGCAGCGGCUAAUGCGGCCGCGCGAAAGCAAGGUGGUGAUACUGCGCAACAUGGUCGGACCGGAGGACGUGGACGAGACGCUGCAGGAGGAGAUUCAAGAUGAGUGUAGCAAGUAUGGUGCCGUGGACCGGGUUAUUAUCUACAAGGAGCGCCAAUCGGAGGGCAACUUCGCCGAGGACGACAAUACGGACGUGAUCGUAAAGAUCUUCGUCGAGUUCUCGCAGGCCACCGAAGCAGAUAGAGCCCGCGAGUCACUGAACGGUCGCUAUUUCGGCGGCCGGUUGGUCAAGGCGGAGUCUUACGAUCAAGCUCUCUUUGACCACGGCGAUUUGUCUGGCUAAACCGAUGGGGUGGGGGGCGUGUGGGCGAGAGAAUACCAUCCCGCAUUUUAUUGCCGCUCUCGCAGCACGAUGAUGAUCCGUGCAUCGGCUUGCGAAGCGAAUAAUGUGUGUGUGUGCGUGUUGUUUACAUGGAUAGAAGGAACUGCAUGGGUCAUGUACGUGUGUUGGUCAUUUGCUAUUGAAAUAACAAACCGUUUCAUGCUGUGCUGUCCAAUUGGAUGCAAAAAUAUGCCAUGCUCUUUCUCUGUCCAGGGAGCAGUGCGACCGCGUCGUCGAUUUGCCAGAGAGAUUGUACCGAACAGUUUGUGUCACUUGAACCAUUGCAUUACCACCAAUACUACCGGCCCCACUCAACUUGGAUCCCUUUUUGAAAUGAGGAAAAUAAGGGUUUGCUGCCCCUUGCUUUUUUCGUUGAACCACAGUUGUAUGGUUCGUUUUCAUUUUUUGAAUAACGCAAGCAUAAGAUGAGAGGAUUAAUAUACACCUUUAUAACUAAACACAGUGCAUACGGGCACUGUCGAGUUUUGAAUUCCGAGGGAAGGAAGAAAUUUGAAUGCGUUUGAAAUGAGCAUCGAGUGCAUCGUCAUUUAGCAAGCGCAUUACAGUGCAGGAGGUGGAUACAUUAAGAUAUGCAUACAUACACUCUCACACACACACACCUUCUCUCAUUGAUGUGGUGAUUAGUCUCUUCUUAAGGAUAACCAUAAGUAUGCUACAUUGAGACGAAUUGUGUGUAACAUGAACGCAAUAUUUAGAGAAACCCAUGGAAUUAACAAUAUUCAUAAAUUUUGAGCGUCACACCACGUCGCCCCGGUAUAAUAUAUUAUCAUUUAAUUGUAUAUACACAUAUGGGAGGGUCUAAUGAACAACUCGUUAGAACUUCCGACUCUACUUGAUCAAGCAAAUAUAGGACUAAUGUCUCACAAA